UGUAAAGAGGGAAGUGAGGUUCUUGUUGCCAUCACUAAAAUUAGUUUCGUGUGUGAACUGUCAUGUGCAAGGAAAACAGGUGCUCGAGACUCAAACUAGGAACAAAGAACUUUCGUGGACGUUGGAGAAAUACUUGCGAUCCAAAUGUACCAUCUCAUUUUGGAAAUAUUUUGUCUUUACGAAACUAUUUGAUGGACAGUAUGAGUGAGGCCUGAAGAAUCUGUAUGAUGUCAAAUUCUUCGGGUGAACAUGAGGAUCCCCACAUCGGCGUGCGUGUGUGGGCAUCUGCAGUUUCCUUCAUCAUUUUGUCUUUUUUUAAUCUGAUUAUUAAUUGGACUAUAGUGCGCGAGGAGCGCCUAAGGAGCCACGCACGCUUCGUCCUGGUGUUCCACCUGUUGUUCUCUGCACUGAUGUACUUUUCAGUAUGUUUCGUUUUCUACUUACAAUUAUAUGUGAAAGCCGCAACCACCGCAUCCGUAUGCAUGGUGCUAAUACGAAUUCUGAUAACAAGCGGGUCCAAUAUCAUCCUCACCAUAACGGCCAUGGCGCUUGACCGUUAUUUUGCCAUAUGCUAUCCGCUCCAGUACGGCAAAGUUUGUUUCAAAUCAUCACCAUGGCUUAUUGGCAUUUUAACGUGGGGACUCGCGUCAAUUAUUCCUCUUAGCCUUGCUCUCAAUAAAAAGAAUACCACAGAGGUCAACAGUACAUGUGGAAGGAACGAGUUGCAAGAGGGAAAGAUGCACAAAAUAGUUUUAAUCUCGAUUUGUACUGUGCUCAUCGUGUACAGCUAUGUGCGGAUCUUGUAUGAAGGGCGACGUUUGGGCGUGCUCAAUCGGCGCAACCGAGCAGCUUGCAGGACUAUUGCUGUACAUGGCACGCAGCUCUCAGUCUAUAUUGUCCCAAAUUUCGUACUCUUUAUGUUAAAUAUUCUUAAAACCCAAAAAAUAAUUGGAAGUUCUACUAAAGAGCUUUUUGGCGUCAUAAGUUUUGUCUUCUUCAGUUUGGCGCAAUGCAUUGCGCCGAUAGUGUAUGGACUUCGCAAAGAGGAACUCCUAGAGCAUCUUAGUCAUCGCUUUCCGUGCUUGUCUGGUCGACUGAAGCGAGUUUUGGAGUGGACUAUCAACAUCACCAAUCCCAAACGGUGCCACCAGCAAAGGGAACGCAGAAUGACUUCAGAGACUUUGUUAUCCAGGGAGAUCUCGAGGACGACUGUGUGAUCAUCUGUGGAUUAAGAAAACAAGUCUAAAGUUUUGUUGAAAUUACGGAUACUGAAAGAAAUAUUUAAUGUUUCCCAAGCGUAACUCUUGGAGAAAAGCACACUUUGAGCAAUAUUGUUUAUCAAUGUUUUGUGUAUUAUCACCAGCAGAAAGGAUCUGGAAUCAAUCCUACCAAGUGGACAAGAAGAGAAUUGUAUAUAUUUAUUUAAAUGUACAAUAACUAGGAACAAUGAAAAAAAAUUGUAAUCUGAACCAUAUAUUUUAACUGUACAAUGUUAACUGUUGAUAGUAAUUGCUUAAAGUUGUAAUGUUAACUGAUAAAAAUCACUUGUUUCUGGAAAAGUAGUACCACUUUUCUAGAGCAUAUGCAUUGUGGAUUUUUAUGCAACAUGCAGUGAAAAUGACUAGGAUAAACACAUAUGAAACCUGGAUAAUGUGACUAAAGUAUGCUGAAUAAUAUUAUGAUUUAUAAUUUA